AUGGUUAAUCUCAGAUCGGGUUCAACGCCUGAUUUGACGCAGGAGUACGUUCCUCCAAGAAGAAGGCGAGGUGAUCAACAAACUCCUGAGAACGAAACGCCAGAGCCCAGAGGACCCUUGCCAACGCCGGUGACGAACCGCAAGGCGACCCCUGGUGCCUUCGAACCAGACGACACGAUCGUCGAAUCGAACGAGCAAAACGAAUCGAACGAAUCGAACGAAGAAUUUGAGGAUCCGAUUGAAGGCAUCAACGAGAUGUCAGGCAAUACGGGUGGCCAGAGCGCUGGCUCUGGCUCUGUGAGUGAGGAGACUCGUAUGAGAUUAGAAAUAGCUCGGCUUCAGCACGAGGUCGAACGAAUGAAAGCAAGCAGGGGUGAAUCCUCUGUCAGUAAUGAAGAGCUCAGUGCAGAUUUGGCGAAUUAUCUUCAACGGAAAGGUAGAACGUCUGCAAUAGUAAAGAUCCUUGGUGAAUUCAGGGAUCAGGUAAGGCCUAUCAAGAAGCCUAUCGUACUCACUGGCUCCGCGAAUUACCCAAUGUGGAAAGAAGAGAUCCUCCUCGCAGCGAGGCAAUCUGAAACGGAUGACAUUCUUAAUGACAAGCAAAUUAGUCCUGACGAGGAUGCCAGCAAGGAUAUGCAACGUUUUUGGUCAGAACGGAAUAUCUGGCUAUACAACUACAUGUGGUCUGCGAUCGCCCCGCAGGCCAAAUCUCACUUUAUUAUACCCAAGGAGUCCCAACUAUCUGCUUAUUCUCUAUGGUCUGUCAUAGAAGAUAAUUUCGCUGAGAGGCCUGCUGUUCGCAGGACUCGCCUGUUCCAAGAAUUGAUUGAGAUGACGUCGAAAUCAAAGGGUUCUGAUCGCGCGUUUAUCGAACGUUUGAUCGCAAUUAGGACUGAUUAUAUCCGCUUAGGAUAUAAUGUUGAAGAUUUCAUGUUUUUCGACAGACUCCUUACGGGGGUUAGCAAAGGUUGGUCCUCUUUUAUAAAGAACCGAAUGGACGCAAUAGAGAAAGAUGAGAACGCCAGAACGCUCGAAGACGAUUUCAUGGGAUUAUGUCGAGAUAUUCUCCUACGAUUGCCAGCUGCUGGUGAACCUCCUACCUUUGAUGGGAAGACCCCUACGAAUAACGCCCAAGAUUCCAAUAAGAAGGAUAAAAAGGAUAAGGAGAAGGAGAAGGUCUCUGAGGACAAGGACAAGAAUUCUGCCAAGCCGGAGAAGAAAGGUAAUAACGCUGCCAAAGCGUGUUAUCAUUGCCAAAAGGUUGGCCACGUUCAAACAGAUUGCUGGUCGAAAUUUCCUGAAAAACGCCCUACUAACCGCGGCGGAGGCCCUGCGCCGGUUCAUAAUGUCGUUGAGCAAGUAUUCCAUACGACAGAGAAGGCGUAUUCUACUGGCCAAACUGGCAAAGAUACCUGGGUCCUGGACUCCGGAUCAGGAGCUCACGCUACGCCUUGCAAAGAUCUCAUAUCGAUAGUGCCGCAGAAGGUUAAUGUCAUAUUGGAGAUGGCCGACGGAUCGACGGCUCCUGCAACGGCUAUAGGGAAGGUGGAUAUACCAGUAGAAGGAGCGAAUCUGCCGCUGCAGGACUAUGAGAUGAUAAAGCAGCCUCUAUAUCCAACAGGUGGGGGUGGAAUGGACGUCCAUUCCAUUCAGGGCCGUAGUGGAUAUGAAAUACAACAUAUCCAAAUCAAAAGCGAUAAUUCCGCCGGGAAGGGGUUAAAUUUUAGUGUCAAAGUCAAUGAGUUGAGGCAACGGAGCGGCGCAAAGCGGUGCAAGAUCAACAAAUCGAACACGCUGGACCCAAACCAGUUGGACGUCAAACCCGUCCAACCAGGAGUCAGAGAUGGAGAGCCAGCAGGGUGA